GCUUCCCAUAUAAUCUCCCAGAACAGCUGUGCUGUGAUUGCAUUGUGGAUUACAAAAUGACCAUUUUCCAUAAAACAGCUGCUGGCUGGAGGGAUAGCAUUUAAUAAUCACUAGGGAUGGGGGGGUGAGGGAGGAAGGGAGGAGACAAAGGAGAGAGAGGGUUUGAAGCAAUUUGGUUUCUUGGAGUAUCUAGAGAUGAGCAAAACAGCAGACAAAGCCUAAGUCCCAUUUCUGCAUUGCUCCUCCAAAUUAACAGGACUUCAAGGACUUGCUGCCAAGAUGGAGCUGCUGAAGGGAUUGCCAUGGCGCCGUGCUUUCCUGGCUGUCAUCCUGAACCUGCUGGCUCUCACCCUCUCCACCACUGCCUUGCUUGGCAGCUACUGGUGCACCGGUACCCAGAAAGUGCCCAAGCCUUUGUGUGGGAAGAGCAAAGCCACCAAGUGCAUUGGUGUCCCCGUGCCCCCUGAUGCAGAGGGUAGCAAUGUUUCAUCCCAGGAGGUGGUGCACUACAGCUGGGAGACCGGGGAUGACCGCUUUGCCUUCAGAUACUUCCACACAGGGAUGUGGCUUUCCUGUGAAGAGAGCAUGGAAGGACCAGAAGAGAAAUGCCGUAGCUUUAUUGAGCUUUCACCGCCAGCAGAGAGAGGAAUCCUGUGGCUGUCACUGGGAUCAGAGAUGCUGUACAUUAGCUUGCUGCUCAUCAGCUUCAUCCUCCUGAUGUCGGAAAUGCUCCAUACCGGCAAUCCCGUCUGUGGGUUGAAGCUCAAUGCCUUCGCCGCUGUCUCCUCGGUGCUGUCAGGUCUUCUUGGGAUGGUUGCACACAUGAUGUACUCUCAAGUCUUCCAGGCAACAGUUAAUCUGGGACCAGAGGACUGGCGACCGCACUCAUGGGACUAUGGCUGGGCGUACUACAUGGCCUGGGCCUCUUUCACCUGCUGCAUGGCCUCUGCUGUCACCACUCUCAACACCUACACAAAGACAGUGCUGGAGUUCAAAAGGACCCACAUCAAGGGCUACAACGGGAGCUUCAAGGAUCAGCCUCAGCAUCACCAGUGCUUCAUACAGCAGCAAAUAAGCAGCUACUAUGAGCCCCACAACAAGCCCCUCCGUUCAGUCUCUGAAGGAAUCGACUUCUACUCUGAGCUGCAGCAGAGAGUGCUACAGCGAGAACCAGAGCUGGAACUGGAUGAGGUCUUGGGACACACCAUCGGGGAGGAGCGCUGUUAGGGAUGAGUGCGCAGUGACAAAGCAGUGGGAUUUGGGAGGCACAAGAGCUCUGAACCAAACAGUAGCACCACUGUUAGCAAGUUCUUGAGGAACUUCUUUCCUCUAAUGUUUGGGCAGUGAGAAGGUGGGCACAGGGCCAGAACAAAAGCAGUGCCAACAGUAACAGGGUGGGUCCUCCCUGACUGCAGUUUGACAGGUGUCCUCAGCUGGGAAGGGUAAAACUGGAAGGACAUGUUGCUGGUGCCAGGUGCACCCAAGGUCUGUCAGAGUUGAAGUAAAUGUCUUAAUCCCAGCAGUAUUGCACCUGGGAAUAAACAGACAGCACCAUCCGGCUGGCAAAUUGCUGUGCUGGGCCUCUUUGAGUGGUGUCACAUUGACCUUCCAGCAACCCUCUGGUUCAGUGCUAUGGUGAAUGGCAUUGUUGCUUAUAUUGAUUGGCUGUAAUCCCCUCUGAAUACCCUAUUUAUUCCUCAUUUCCAGGCCCAACCUCCUCUUCUCCCUGCCCCCAGAUUAAAAGUGCUGCUGCAGCAGGAAUGGGGGUUUGCUUUCAGACACAUCUCCCAUCUUUUCUAUCUGUAAUGAUUCCCACAUACUCCCUUCUUGCUUUUCCCCCAAAACUGCCCAUUCUGAGGUACUUCUUGUCUGUCUCUUUCUACUGUGCUUCUCCACAACCUUUAAGAAUCCUUGGCUUGGCUUUUGCUUUUUUUGUUCCUCUUCAUCUGUCCCCUUCUCCCCAUUGUAAAAAUAUCACAAACAAUCCCCAAAUCAAGCAAACUCAUAAUCUCUCAAAGGUGAAACAAUGCUUCACAUGACACACUGAUGCUGUACACAGUAUUUAUUUGCUCCAUUGCAGUUCACAGUUCAAAUACAUUUUUCCAACAAUA